UGUAUGUAACCAUCAUAUCGGCGAAAGCAAAGCAAGCGAGAGAAGGGGAAACAGAUCGAAUUAGGAGGUGGUCGCACGCUGCCUUCUCUUUCUUUCUAACCUUUCGAACGCGCAAAAUGCUGCUUUCCCGUGUCCUCCCCUCGAACACCACGCUCCUCCCCACCUCCCAUGCUCGCGCAGCCCCUCUCCGGUACCGCCACGUCCCUGCCGGAGGCGGUGCCAUUACCGUCCCUGUUCGCCGCAGUUUUGCCAUGACCAUCCGAGCCCGGGACGCCGCCCCUGUUCUUGAUGUCGAGCCGCAGCCGCUUAAGCUCCUCGACCGCCGCACCAAGCUCAAGAUCGCCGUCAUCGGCUUCGGCAACUUCGGCCAGUUCCUUGCCCGCACCUUCGCCGCCCAAGGCCAUGAGAUACUCGCCUACUCGCGCACCGACUACUCCGACACCGCCCGCUCCCUCGGUGUGGCAUUUUUCGACGACCAGAACGACCUCUGCGAGCAACAGCCCGACGUCGUCCUCCUCUCCACCUCCAUCCUCUCCGCCGAGGCCGUGCUCCGGUCUCUGCCCAUCCAGCGUCUCCGCCGCAGCACGCUGUUCGUCGACGUCCUCUCCGUCAAGGAGUUCCCCAGGAACCUCUUCCUCCAGCUGCUUCCCCCGGACUUCGACAUCCUGUGCACGCAUCCCAUGUUCGGCCCCGACAGCGGCAAGCACGGCUGGGCCGGGCUCCCGUUCGCCUACGACAAAGUCCGGAUCGGUGACUCCGACGACCGCAUCGAGCGGUGCCGCGCGUUCCUCGAGAUCUUCGAUCGGGAGGGCUGCCGGAUGGUCGAGAUGUCGUGCGCGGAGCACGACGAGACGGCGGCAGAGAUCCAGUUCUUGACGCACACCAUCGGCAGGGUGCUCGCGAAGCUGGACCUCAAGUCCACGCCCAUCAACACCAAAGGUUACGAGACCCUACUAAAUCUGGUGCAGAACACCUGCAGCGACAGCUACGAGCUCUACAAUGGGCUGUUCAUAUACAACAAGAACUCCACCGAGCUGAUCGAGAAGCUGAACGGCGCCUUGGACACCACGAAGAAGGAGCUAUUUGAGCGCUUGCAUGGCAUAUUCAGGAAGCAGCUGUUCGAGGGCUCAGCUAGAAAAUUCGCCGGCGGGGACAACUGAAGCACCACCAUCGAUUCGAUGAGAUCCCGUGAGGCCGCCCCUGUUCUUGAUAUCGAGCCGCAGCCACUUAAGCUCCUCGACCGCCGCACCAAGCUCAAGAUCGCCGUCAUCGGCUUCGGCAACUUCGGCCAGUUCCUUGCCCGCACCUUCGCCGCCCAAGGCCAUGAAAUUCUCGCCUACUCGCGCACCGACUACUCCGACACCGCCCGCUCCCUCGGUGCGGCAUUUUUCGACAACCAGCACGACCUCUGCGAGCAGCACCCGGACGUCGUCCUCCUCUCCACCUCCAUCCUCUCCGCCGAGGCCGUUCUCCGGUCCCUACCCAUUCAGCGCCUCCGCCGUAGCACGCUCUUCGUUGACGUCCUCUCCGUCAAGGAGUUCCCCAGGAACCUCUUCCUCCAGCUGCUGCCCCCGGACUUCGACAUCCUGUGCACGCAUCCCAUGUUCGGCCCCGAGAGCGGCAAGCACGGGUGGGCCGGGCUCCCGUUCGUCUACGACAAAGUCCGGAUCGGCGAUUCCGACGACCGCAUCGAGCGGUGCCGCGCAUUCCUCGAGAUCUUCGAGCGAGAAGGCUGCCGCAUGGUCGAGAUGUCGUGUGCAGAGCACGACGAGACGGCGGCAGAGAUCCAGUUCUUGACGCACACCAUCGGCAGGGUGCUCGCGAAGCUGGACCUCAAGUCCACGCCCAUCAACACCAAAGGUUACGAGACGCUGCUAAAUCUGGUGCAGAACACCUGCAGCGACAGCUACGAGCUCUACAACGGGCUGUUCAUAUACAACAAGAACUCCACCGAGCUGAUCGAGAAGCUGGACGACGCCUUGGACACAAUGAAGAAGGAACUAUUCCAACGCUUGCACGGCAUCUUUAGGAAACAGCUGUUUGAGAGCUCGGGUAAAAGGUCCAUCGAUGCGGGCAAAUGAAGCGUAAAGCUUAACCAGAGUCGAUUUGGUCGCGUAGAUCUACCGGAGUUGCAGAGGAUCUCUGUUUCCACAGUUCGACCCCAAUUGCUUUUCUGUAGAUAAUAAAUUGCUUCUCUGGUAUCUCGCAAUAAUCCACUCGAAGGAAACACGAGAGAUGUCAAGUUCUUCAUCAACAAAACCAAAACUUCUCACACUAUUAACCUACAGAGUUGGCGAUGUACACGUUAGCUAAUAAUUUAUUGAGCUACAUUGGCAUUCCGCUCUCGAUGCCAGUAAUGGUCUCCA